UCUGUUUUGAAGUGGAGUCGGUGAAGUGUUGAUUGCAGGAGGCGGUUACAGGGAGUGAGAGGACGGAGGAUGCCUGGAAAACCUAUGAAGAUUUUGAAAAUGCCAAGUCAUUGUGAUGCUCAUUCAUCGAUUUAAAAGGACACAGAAGCAACUGCUGGCUGAAAAGCAAAACUGGCAGGCAGCUUCAGACAAGGUGACUUGUCAUUGGCCUUGUUUACUGUGUAUGUCCUGGAAGAGAAGAUAUCCAAUCUCUUACAUGCUGCAUCCUACCUAUAAUUGUUCAUGACACCAUAUGAAGCGAUGCUGCUGCAGGAGGAGAGGGGUAGCUACUUCCAGUCACAGAUCUGUCUUUGUCUGAGACUUCAACUCUUGCAAAGAUGAGCCUGAUUAUGCAAAUGCAGGCUUGAAGUCUGCCAAUGGGAAGAGAGCAGGGGAAUACUGAAGAAAGAGAGUGACACCAGACAGUGCAAGAGGUGCUGAGGAGGAAGGGGUGAAGCUCAUAAGCUUAACCCAGAAAAGGGAAGAUGGAGCAUUAAGUCACUCUUUACCAACAUAAAUCCACAUUGGACAACUGGAAAUGGAUUGCCCAAUGAACACAAAUUGAGAAGGCCUGUGAAAUUAUGUGACACACCUCCUCCCAGCUUCCUGUUGCAUCAUUUUCACAUCUACAACAGUGUUGACUUGUGAAAAACGGUUUUAUCUCUUGGGAAAUAUUUACUUACCUAACACUUCACAGAAAAUAUGGAGACUAUUGAAUCAGCUUUACUUUAGGAUAGUGUUACUUUAUGUCAGAGUUGAUUUGCCUGGAGGGACUGUUUAUUGUGUUUACCCAUCCUGUUUCUAAAAUAAAUCAAACACAAGCAUGACUAAACCAUCUCGGUCUGUCAUCAUGGGUCAAUCUUAACUUUAAAAAUGCAACAAGCCCUUGUUGGUGCCCUUGAUUUGACUGGAAAGCUUUGAAGAUGACUAUGUCCUCUCCUGUGGGACUAGAAGGCAUCACUCUGGCUCAGCCCAUUCCGGUUCCAACGCUGACUAUCCUGCCACCAUCCUCUGAUACGGAGUCCUGGUCUCGCUCACCUAGCCCCAGACCUUCACGCUCUAGCCGCCAUGGUCGAUCCCACCGCAGCAGGACCCGAACCAGGAAAUGUAAUGAGGAAGAGCAAUGCUGCACUCCUAAGCGACAAUGGUGCAAAACACCGCAUAUUGUAGUAGAGGAAACUGCAGAGAAGGGCACCAUUCGACAUCGCAGCCCCUCGCCCUCUCCCUCUGUGGCCAGUCAGAGAGAGGGGGAAGAGCAAGGUCAGGACAGCCCUUCACAGGACCUCCUCCUGCCGCCGUCUCGCUCCUGGUCUCAUAGUCCCUCUCCCAGCCGGCGCUCCCGUUGGUCCCUCAGGAGCCUGCUCAGCAGAGACUCUGACUGGGAGAGCUGCAGUACGGCCAGUAACUCUCCACGUAGCACCCCCGGCAGCUCUCCCUCCCUGCGGCGCAGGGUCCUCGGGGGAGGCAGGGCCAGUGAGAGUGAGGGAGGAGGAGAGAAGAGCAGUGUUGGAGGAGGAGGAGGAGGAGGAGGAGGAGGUUCGGAUAGCCCUCUGCCCUCCAUACCCUCUGCCUCCUCCCUCACAUCCGCCUACCCACUUGCUUCUCGCCACUUCAGCCGCAAUGCCAAGAAAAUGCAGAGCUGGUACAAUGUUCUCAGUCCUACAUACAAACAGCGGAACGAGGAUUUUCGUAAACUCUUUAAGAAACUUCCUGACACGGAGCGACUUAUAGUGGACUACUCUUGCGCUCUGCAGAAAGACAUACUGCUUCAGGGCCGCCUUUAUCUGUCAGAGAAUUGGCUCUGUUUCUACAGUAACAUCUUCCGCUGGGAAACCACUAUCACUAUCCUGCUGAAAGACGUGACCUCUAUGACCAAGGAGAAGACUGCCAAGCUCAUCCCAAACGCCAUCCAGAUCAGCACUGACAAUGAGAAGCACUUCUUCACGUCUUUUGGAGCAAGGGAUCGCAGCUUCAUGAUGAUUUUCCGUCUGUGGCAGAACGCACUGUUGGAAAAGUCCCUAUCCCCCAAAGAGCUCUGGCACAUCGUACACCAGUGUUACGGCACUGAACUGGGCCUCACUAGUGAAGACGACGACUAUGUCUCUCCCACCACUGAACACAUGAACGGCCUACUGCCAGGAGACGAGUCCGUGUCGGUUACAGACCUACUAGACCUGAGCUCAGUGUCGGUUCCCUCUACGGGCAGCUCUCCCCCUCCCCUGGUGCCCUGCGGUCUACCCAGAGCUCCCUCAGCUACCAACCUCGCGGGCUCCUCUCUCCCUUCCUCUGCCUCAUUUCUGCCCAUAGAGGUGCCUUCGUCGUCUGGACGCAGACUCAGCUCUGACCCCCUCGAACCCAGCCCGCCCAGCUCCCACGGUUCGCUGCCAUCCACCACUCCCACCAACGCCUCUGCCUCUGCCCCGGCCUCUACUGCUGCUUCUUUUAAUCUGGAAGAGGGUGUGGACAGCCUGUCCGAGUCAGCCAAUCACAUGCUGCUCCCGCCAACCACCAGUCUGGGAAACCUCUCCUCAUUGGACAUCACCAACGAUGAGGAACUGCCCACAGAUCCCAGCAACUCCUCUGACACGCAAGAAGAGAGUGAGGUGGAGUCGUUCUGCGCUGACCUGAGCGGGCGGCUGCACAUCAACGCGGUGGUCCGCAUCAGUGUAGACAAGCUGCAUGACCUGCUAUUCUCUGCUGACACACACUUCAUCCAGCACCUCUUCUCCCAGCGACACUUUACUGACCUAUCGGUGGGUGAAUGGCAGCACGACAGCAGCAGUGGGAGUACCAGCCGUGUGCUUAGCUACACCAUCGCCCUCAACAACCCCCUUGGCCCUAAAACUGCUCCUGUGGUGGAGACGCAGACGUUGCAUAAAAGCAGCGCCCGGGGCGAGUGCUUCGUGGUGGACUCGGAGGUCAUCACCUCAGGCAUCCCCUACCAGGACUACUUCUACACUGUCCACAGAUACUGCCUCACCUCCAUCAACAAGCACAAGAGUCGGCUCAGAGUUUCCUCAGACAUCUGCUACAGGAAGCAGCCGUGGAGCCUGGUGAAAGCUUUGAUUGAAAAGAACACCUGGAGCGGCAUUGAGGAGUACUACAGACAUAUGGAGAGCGAGGUGAGCAAGCUGGAGACGCUAAUGCAGACCGAGGUUUCCGUGGUUACCACAGGCGAAGCAGUGGGUGCAGACGCUGCCAAGACCCCACCGGCCCUGCGCCGGCGCAAACGCACCUGCUCUCGACGGCAGGGCGACAAGGAGCGAGAGAGGGAGGGAGGAGGCAUGGGCAGCGGAGACCGAGGGGACAGAGGAGUCGGAGAGGAGAGGGACAGGAGGGACGCCAGUGCUCCAUAUAUAAAGCUGGGAGAACGUUCACGUGGUGGAGGACCUAACAGUAUAUCCACCAUCCUCCUCAUCGUCAGCUUCAUGAUCUGUAUCAGUCUGGUGGUGCUGGUGGCUCUCAACAUGCUGCUCUUCUACAAGCUGUAUGCUCUGGAAAGAGCGGCCCAUACACUGGAGACAUGGCACUCCUAUUCUGUUGCUGACAGUCCUUUGCCCCAGACAGCUGGAGAGUGGGCUCAGGUCUUGCAGCUUCAAAGGCAAUUUCACCAGGCUCAGCUCAGCAAGUGGCAGCAGAUCCUGCAGUCCUCCGUCACGCUUCUCGACCAGAUGAAGCAGUCUUUAGAAAAGCUCCACCGGGGCAUCGUGGUCCCAGAGGUGCAGCAGGAUCCCCCCGAUGACACCCUCACACCCUCAGAGUCCCCGACUGAGGCCUGAGCCGCGCCCCCCCCACCCCCGACUGUCUCCCAUCUCUGAAUACACCCUGGUAGACUAGAAAAGGGGCACACAGUUUGCUCUUUCCCUCAUUUCCAAAUCGAACAAAAAACCAGGAGUGGGGACAUGCAGGGGGACUGCAUUACCCACAAUUCUCCUCGCCUGACUGACUUGAAAUGGCGACGUUCGCCUUCCACCUCAACCAGUAACAACUUCGGUGAACUCAUUCAGACUGGAAGCUAUCAUGACGACAGCAAUAAUUGACCUGCAGCUGCAAGUCCCCUGUACGUAGUGAAUGGAAACAGGCCACUGGUGGGCCCAUUCAGACCAUCCACUCUUCAAGAAUCAUAGAGACAUUUCAAAAUGGCUAGCCGCUUUUCAGAAUAACUUUAAAUCAGACCUCCUUCAUUUUCAGCACCCCACGUUUUAUGACUAUCACAGACUUCAGUUCCUCUUCUGACAUUGCAACAUUUCAUAGGGAUCAGUGAUUCUGAAAAGUGGGAGCUCUUCUUCCUAGUCCUGGGAACAGUUUAGAUACCUUUGCCUCUAUAGUGAACGCCUGCUGAAACAAAAAGUGUGGGGGUGGUGGGGGGGGGGGCGCCACCUGCUGUGUGGAUGUGACAAACACCCGAAAAAGAGAGAGGAGAGGGAGCAGGAUGCCUUUUCUCACUCUUUCCGUCAGGGAUUUGUUCCUCCAUGUCCGAGUCGA